CUCGAGUAGUGAUAUGCGCGGCCUCGGUCACGGUAUGGAGAUAGGUGAGACGGGACGAGAAGGUGGGAUGUCGGACGCGGCUGGCUUAGAUAGAAUGCAUGGUCCGUACUGAAUGCGAUAUUAGGGUAUAUUGAAGAUGUAACGGCUGCGAGAUGUCGACAGAGACGGGCAGGCGUGCCCUCACCUCUCACACAUGACGUAUGCGUAAACGAAGGCGACAGCAGAGGCUGAAGGUCGCGUAAGUCAGAAAGCUUGCUCCGUCAUCGCACGGGUAGCAAACGCUCAUAGGCGGGUCGUGCCUGCCUAUCCCGAGCUCAACACCCUCAACCUGCAUUACCCACCACACAGCCGCCAUGGAAUUCGGUAUGAUUCCCACAACGCCAGGUAGGUCGGAAUGCUUCGGCGACCCAUCGAGGCAGUCGCGCGUGCUCUACCAGCCAUGCACAUUCAUACGAGAUCCGCGACGCUAACACCUGCUGUAGUAGGCAACGACUACUAUGAGAUACGCGCCAUCCCCGGAAAAGGCUAUGGAUGCGUCAGCCUCAAGCCCAUUCCGCGCGGCACGCGCAUCCUCGCGGAGGACCCGCUCCUGAUCGUCCCCGUUGGCGACUACAUGCUCUCCGAUGUUCAGAAGGCCUUCGAUAGCCUCACCCCCUCGCAACAGACACUCUAUUACACACUUCACUCCUCCCACGGUCAGGAUCCGAAGAAAUGGCCGUCCCGCAUCCAUGAAUCAGUCCCAACCCAAGAAGUUCUUCGAAUUAAAGAACAACACAAAGCUCGAACGGAUUCCUCACCCAGUCUAAUCAGUAUCUUCCAGACGAACUGUAUGGAGAUGAAUGCUGGCGCCGCAGUAUUUCCACACGCUGCCCGCUUCAAUCACUCUUGCAACCCAAACGCGUGCUUCUCCUGGAACGCCUCCAUCGGCAAGGAAACCAUUCACGUCAUGAGUCCAAUCCCCGCGGGUGAGGAAAUCACACUGUCAUAUUGCGACAUGAUCCACGACAAGUCGCUCCGCGCAUACGAGCUCAAACACUAUGGCUUCACAUGUGGUUGCCCAGCCUGCAGCGAUGAUGAAGAGGACGAGACAACGUUUGGGUACCAGAGUGCGGAGCGGCGGUUCCUGUUACAAGAGUUGGAGCGUGAGACGAGGUUCUUCCGUGGUGCAAAUCUGGAACGAGGCGCACAGCGAGAUGAUUUCGUGAAGAAGUUGCUGCAGUUGGCGGCUUUACACAAGGCUGAAGGAGACUAUACCGCCAGGCUGGCGAACGUGUAAGUGGAAGCCGACGUGACUACCUCCAAACCUAGAUUUCAAAAUUUCUCCAGGGGUUGUGGAGGCCAUGUAGUCGUCAAAGUGAUGUUUGCUUUCAACGUUUUUACUGACUUUGGUAUAGAUUCCUCGAUAUUGCGCUGGUCUGUGAGAUCAGGGGCGACCUCGGUAUGGCGAAGUUGACUGCGUGCAAGGCUGUGGAGGUCAAGAGGGACUGUCAGGGGGUGGACUUUCCCAACUACAGCAGGUAUGCUGACGUGCUUCAUCGGAUCAAGUCGAAGGUGGCUCUACAGGGUUGAGGCGAGGCAGGCAGGUGCUAUGGGCUCUGUAUUGGGAACGGGCGUUGCGGGGACUGUACAUUAGCAAAAGCCGGAAAGGGAUUCUUGGGAGUCACGGGUAUAGACAAAAUUGAAGCGAAG